CUCGACGCUCCAGUGACGUAGACAGAGAACGACGUUUCCGUAGCAACAAGGGGGCCGAUCCGUUAACCGCAGCGGCCGCUGUAACUACAGAGUGUGGGGGGGGAUUGUCGUCGGUAACCGGAUACCUAGAGGCACGGGGGGCGACGCAGUAUCGAGCCGGCGGUCCCGCAGUGCCGUGCGGAGAUGCUGAAUAUGUGGAAAGUCAGAGAGCUGGUGGACAAAGCCACUAAUGUGGUGAUGAACUACUCAGAGAUCGAGUCCAAGGUGAGAGAGGCUACCAAUGACGACCCCUGGGGACCCUCCGGACAACUGAUGGGAGAAAUAGCCAAAUCUACAUUUAUGUAUGAGCAGUUCCCAGAGGUGAUGAACAUGCUGUGGACCAGGAUGCUGAAGGACAACAAGAAGAACUGGAGACGAGUCUACAAGGCUUUACUGCUGCUGGCCUAUCUGAUCAGGAAUGGGUCUGAAAGAGUCGUCACCAGCGCCAGAGAACACAUCUACGACCUGCGAUCUCUAGAAAACUACAACCUCAUUGAUGAGAACGGUAAGGAUCAGGGCAUCAAUGUGCGUCAGAAGGUGAAGGAGAUGGUGGAGUUCAUCCAGGAUGACGACAGACUGAGAGAGGAGAGGAAGAAAGCCAAGAAGAACAAAGAUAAAUACAUUGGAGUCUCCUCGGACAGUAUGGGAGGAGGAGGAGGAGGAGGAGGAGGGGGGGGGAGGUGGAGGAGGCGGAGGAGUAAGUGGGAUGAGGACUGGGAUAAGAGCAAAGGAGCUUUCCCCUUCAGUGAGAAGCUCGGAGAGAUCAGUGACAAGAUAGGCAGCACCAUCGACGACACACUCAACAAGUUCAGAAAGAAGGAACGAGAUGACUCACCCGACAGAAUCAGUGACAACGAGGAGGAUAGAGCAUCGAGAAACGGUAGGCAGGAAACUCUUGAAUUCAAAGAUGAGGAGGAAACUGUCACGACGAAGAGCAUCCAGAUCACACAAGCAACAGAAACCACAACCACCACCACGCGGAAACGCAGUGGAGCAACAAGCAACAAGACUUUGGACCUGGGUGCUGCAGCCCACUACACUGGAGACAAGAGCCCAGAGGAGAAGUCAUCAGUCAGGCAGUCUUCCAGUAGCGGUCUAGCUGACCUGCUAGUGAUUGACCCUUUAUCCAAUCAGAGCACUGCAACAGGUGGCAGUUCAGACCUCAUUGGUGGCUUCGCUGACUUCUCCUCUCCUGCAGCCUCUGCCAGCCUCCCGACUUCCACUGCUGCUGCACCAUCCAAUGGAAAUGGAGAAUUUGGAGACUGGAAUGCUUUCUCGGCCAAUCCACCAACUUCGUCUAGCUCUGGUCCCUCCCAGCCCGUCACUGACCUGUUUGGCAGCGUCCAGUCACCCACAGCCCGAGCCUCUAAUCCCGCCACCGCCCCACCUUCUGCGGAGCUCUUUGACCUGAUGGGUGGCGUUAACCAUCAACUAGCCAAUCCACAUACAACACUGAGUGCCUCUCAGAGCAUGACUUUUUCUCUGGGAGGUUCAACACCAGGAGCAUCUGUCGCCAUGCCACCCAUGCCCCUGUCUCGCUCUCAACAGAGCUUGGGAGGCAUGACGUCUCAGCAGGCCAUAGGACAACAGCAGAAGGUUGGUGUUGGAGGUCCAGGAUCGUUAGGGUCAACCUGGUCUGACCCCUCCGUCAACAUCAGCCUGGACUUCCUAUCAGCAGGCCUCAACCCCACUAAGACGCCGCCAACACUCAACAAUAUCAUCCAGCAGCAAGGAGUGCCUCCCGUCAACCUGUUGGCCCAGAACUUCGGAGGACUGAACCUCAGCUCCCCGCCCCACGUCACACCCAUUAGACCACCAGCCAAUCCCAUGAUGGCAGGCAAUGCCAUGACGAUGGGCAUGCCUGCAUCAAUGGCAACUGGCAUGCCUGCUUCUUUGGCAUCGGGUAUGCCCCCUUCAAUGGCCACGGGGACCAUGGGGAUGGGGGGAAUUCCUGUAAACCAAGGCAUGAUGGGAAUGAACAUGAGCAUGAAUAUGGGCAUGGCCACUCCAGUGAUGAUGGGUGGUAUGGCUGGCAUGGGAGUGCCAGGAGUAGGGGUGGGCCUAGCACACUCCAUCACCCCAGCCGUGAUUCCACCCAAACAGGAUGCCUUCGCUAACUUUGGCAGUUUUGGGAAAUGAAGAAGCGCAAAUGUGUGUGAGUGUAAGUGUGCAUGUCUGACAUUUUGAGAGUGUGAACCACGGAAGGACUGCAGUACUUGAAGACAACCUUGCAUGUUUCUCUCUCUGCUUCUGCUGUCUUUGGCGAGCCGGCACCAGUGAUCGUUCACCGUCCCAGUCUGUUGACAUGAUUGGAGGUAGAGGAGAGCGCCCACUGGUGCCCCUCACCCAUUUGAUGUGUGAAAUUUAAGAGCAGGGAAGGUGUCAACCCACAGCCUCCAGUCAUUACUUUCCUGUGGGGAAAGGUUCCUCAUCUUUACCUGGUUUAUAUAUGAACUACAGUAUGUCCCCCUUCAUUACAAAAAUCUGUGCAAAAGGUUUUUUCUCUGCAACCGCACAGAGAAUUCAAUCAGUAGGGUUAACUCCAAUGAAAAUGGCAUCGCCGCCUUAAUUUUUUCGCAGAUAUCAUGUUUUGUAUAAUUUCAAUCAAAUUCAAUUGCAAAAUUUAAGCCAUUACAUUAUUGCCAGAGGGUAUUGCCAGUUACAAAAUCUGGUGUACUGUAUACUGAAUCCAUACUCUGGUCCUCCAGCAGAGGGCAGGACAGGUCUAUGUUUUGAGAUAACCCUGUAUUGUUGUACUUAUUCUUGAGCCAUAUUAGGGUGGAUGAAUUGCAUCCUUUUUCUCCCCAUUCCUCUUUUUUAGGGAUGCACCGAUCCAACUUUUUCAGUCCCGAUACCGAUAGCGAUACCUAGGCUUUGGGUAUUGGCUGAUACCGAGUACCGAUCCGAUACUAGUGUUUAAAUUAAUAAGCUGUAUGCCUCACUAUGCGGAAGUGACUGGGAUCAUUAUUUUAUGUCUAAGGCUUGACUUAAACAUUGCUUUUUCUAACUUUGUAAAACAAAAUGUAACAAAUAAAUACAUACAUACAAAUUUAUUGAAUUUGUAUUUACUAUUAAAAUAGUAAACCGUGCACCAGCAAUUUGGCAAAAAAAAAAUCUUCCAAAUUAACAGGAAUUACAAUUCAGGUGUAAACCUUUUUAAUGCAGCAACAAAUUGGUCAAAACUUAAAUGGGAAUAUUAACCAUAAAAUUGAAUUUAAUAGAUUGGCCCCAUUGCCACAAUACCCGAUCCAGCUAUUUGAGUCAGUAUCGGCCCGAUAUCCAAUCCGGUGCAUCCCUACUCUUUUUAUCAGGUCUAUAGCGGUUCACAAUAACUCAUUGUACAGUUGGACAAAUAACGUUUUAUUGAUGUUUAAAAGACAACAUGAGUGAAUCCUUCAACUGCUCAGAACAAAGGUCCCUAAAAUACUGUUGGGCUCUUUAUGUUACAAUAAUCGGUUACUGUUAAAAGUGACUCUUUUCCUCUACUUUCCAUUUUGAAUGCCUCUGUCAGAUUAGUGCCUGAUUAAAGGGUCAGUCAGUAUUUUUAUUUAGAGUACUAUUCACUGAUAGCUUCUCUUGAUGCCACACCUGACAUUGUGUCACUUCAGCCAUGAUGUAGGACUUUAUGUAAGCAUUUCUGACCCACAUGGAUCUCUUCUGUAUGCUCUACUUUUUAAUUCCGACACUGUUUAUUGAUACAGGUACAGAAUAAUGUUCUUUUAACAAGUAUUUGCCAGCUGGCUACGGGAAAAGAGGGUAAACGAUGGUCACCAUCUACAAGACUGAACAUCGCAAUCCUCUACAUUUCUUCCAUGUUUAUGGCUCACCUCAGAAUUGUUGGGUAAACCUAGAAAUGUACCUUUAAUUACAAACUAUUUUUGCCAGCAAACAUUUUCCGGGCUGCAGCUUGGUAUUCUCUUGGUGCAAGGGUUGCAUACCUGCGCCACACAAACUGUGUACUAGAAAAUAACCACCCUUACAUUUGACAUGGAUUAGAUACAUUGGAGGAAUUUUUUCGUUAGCUGAGUUUUAAUAAAAGAUUUCUAAGGCUAGUUGAGACCAAUCUAAAGGGUUUUGGGGGUCUCGAGUGAAGUGUGUGUGUGAGAAAAGAAUGAAUGAGUGUGUGUGACUUUGUGUAUGGGUAUAGUUUUCUCUGUUUGAUGUGCAAACACAGCUAAGCAGAGCCUCUUGUCGUUUUCUGAGGCACUGCACUCCAAAUGACCAAAUCUUUAUUUUGUUACUCUCAGAAGGAUGAUUCCAUUGUUUUUAGUUUACUAUUUUAUUCGUUUAAGGUUAUGUUCAUAUGUGAAAGCUACUAAUAACAUAAUUUAGUUGACGGGAAUCAUGUUUUUAUUUCUUUUUCGGUUUAGCUCGUUUCAUUUGAUUGUACUCUAUAUUUUCUGUACUUCAUUCAACAUUAAAUUAAAUUAUAACAUUAAAGAUUCA